AGAGAAAAAGCCUGGACACGCGCUUGCACUGUAUUGUACACCACUUCUUUGUUCCGACUACAUGUAACACAGAAAAUUGAUGGCUCGUUUUGCUGCUAAAAAUGUAGAUUACAUGACGCCCCGAUUAUUAGACCCUCUUUUCACUUGUCGACCAAGUUUUCUCGAGUAAGUGCUCCAUCUGUUGUAUCAGGCUAAUCUCUAAUGCUUCACUAUGCGAGAAUGUUCUAUGUUAUUUUCAUUUUUUUAUGUCAUGGUUUCUACAACGCACGCGUUUGGGUUCCCCCUUGGCAUCGACUUGUGUACAGUAUGCUGCGAAAACCAUGCGAGCUUUUGUCUAUCUCUAGCUGCGAAUGCUGCUUCUGUCUUGCCACUUUCUAGAAACAGCUGUGAUCGUAGCUAUUGUGAAAUAUAUUCGAGACUAAAACCACAUAGCAACAGAAUGUUGUCAAGCACCAUCAUUAGUAGUGAGAAGACACCAGUCCGUCCACAUACACAUAGCAAAGCGUCAAGCGAGACGUUUACACCCGAUCAUAUACGUGUAAAUCUGUUAUGGGUCAUACUAUAUUCGGAUCGGUUCUGUCCAGCUAGCAAAAGUCAACGAAGGAAAUAAAAACAGAAUGCUUUUUUUGGCUUUUCUUCUUCAGGAGAGAGAGCUUGGGUUAGGAGCGUCGAUGACCAAGAACAAACUAAGGGAACAACC